AUGGCUACUCAGAUCAAUCCCUCGAAAGGUCAACACCUUCCGCACACUUUUGGCCUCUGGAGCGGCAUAAGCAUAGGAUGGCUUACCAUCAAUUCCUUCGGUGGAAUAUCCUUUAUUUUGUUCAUAAGUCUCUCGGCCGGUGGUCUUCCCACUCUCGUCUAUGGCUACACGGCGUCGAGUCUUUGCGUCAUGUGUAUCAUGCUCGUCUUCGCGCAAUGCUCUGCAAGAUUCGCCACUGCUGGCGGCGCUUAUCACUACGCCGUCUUUCUCACCCCUGAAAAGUACAGGCGACAGGUUGCCUAUCCUCUCGGUUGGCUGAACUAUGCUGGCUGGGUCCUGACUCACGCGGCCUGCUGUGCUGUUACCGCCACCUUGUUUCUCGCACUGAUCAAUCUCUGUGACGCGGACUUUGACGUGACUGUUCGAUGGCGUCUUUUCGUCGCAUACAUGAUUGUCGCAAUGGGCUGCUGGCUCGUUAACCUGUUUGGGCUGAGGGGAAUCCCCACGCUGGAGAAUAUUGGCUGCUGGGCAACCGCCAUUGGUUUCAUUGCUUUCUCUGUAUUGCUCCUUGUGAAGGCUCCAAAGGCUCCCGCGAGUUUCGUCUUUGUAGAAACGAGCAACAGGACCGGGUUCGUGUCAGAUGAAAAUGCGUUCGUCGUCCAGCUUGCUAAUCAAGUGGUGACUAGAUACUCUUCUACAGGAUUCGCGGUUCUACUCGGAUUGAUGAAUAGUUUCUCAACUCUGAUGGGUCUCGAUGGCCCAGCGCACCUAGCUGAGGAGAUUCCACAGCCUAAGCGUUUUCUCCCCCGCAUCAUGAUCAUCGUCAUCCUCAGUCAGUUUGCGAUUGGUCUUGUUUGGAUUCUUGUCCUUGGCUUUUCUGUCAAAGACUUAGAUGCUAUUGUUGCAACAUCUACUGGGGUCCCCGUGCUCGAAAUCAUUCGACUCGCUAUUGGCAGCCGGGCAGCAGCUAUAGUGUUCUGUUGCAUUCUACUCGUGAACAUGAUCGCAUCAUCUCUUGGUUCGGCCAUAACGAUGAGUCGUCAAGGUUAUGCAUUCGCCCGAGAUAAUGGUCUCUUUUGGAAUGAUAAGCUGGUGCACUUGUCUCCGAACACAAACCUUCCUGUGUGGUCAAUCAACCUCUCAUGUGCGAUUGUGUCUGCUAUUGGUCUAAUUUAUCUUUUUUCCCUCGCCGCAUUCAACGCUAUUAUCGGUGCGCAAGCUGUUUGCCAGAUCAUCAGCUUCGGGUUUCCCGCACUCGUCCUUCUGUUGACCAAAAGAUCAAUGCUCCAUGCAAGUCCUCGCUGGGACUUUGGAGUUUGGUCAAAUCCGGUGUACAUUGUCGCUAUUCUAUACUCUGUCCUCGUUAUCAUCGUGGCAUUCAUCCCGCAAACCCAUCCUGUGACUGCCGACACUAUGAACUAUACCGUCUUGAUCAUGACAUGCUUGGCUGUUGCAAUGAUUGCCGGAUGGCUGUUCGAGGGUCGCAGCAAGUUCUCUCCUCUCAGGAACGUCGAUAUAGAUUCAGAUGUCCAGGUCAUUGAAGGCUUGGAAGAGGCUAUCGAGCAAUGCGACCAGGAUAAGCGACAAAAGGCGCACGUCAUAGCUCACGACCAAACUGCAUAG